UUUUUGUUUUUGUUUUCAUUCCGUAUAAUGGCUAGCGAACAAGUGGAUAGCUCUUUGAAUAGUAUAACCCAAAUUGUUAAUUCUCUGGGUGAAUAUUACAGAAACAAUGGACAGGAGUCGGAACAGCCAGUGGGCAAUAUCCUAGAGGACAAAAAGAUCUUUCCACCAUUUCGUAGUGGACCAUUGGAUUCAUAUCGUCAGCGGGCGAGUUUCUGUUACAAACGUUUAAAUAUUCUGCUCGAGGGUGAAGACCACAUACGCCUCAAGCACAAAAUAUGGCAAUGGAUGGAACAACACCCAGAUUAUCAAAGGGAACCAGAACUACCCAGUUUGGAGAGAACCCGAGAAUUGGCCAACAAACGUCAUCAUUUGCUCUGGGAACAGAAAUUUUUCGAUGUCAACGAGUACUUGAGCACUCCACAUUUGCUGUUGGCCUUUAGUCAGGCAAUAUUCAGUUAUGACUUUAGCUCAUCGGUGAAGUUCUCAUUGUCCAAUGGCAUGUUUCCCAGUACUUUGGUAUCGAAUGGAACUGGCCGUUUGGGAAAAUAUGUGGCCAAAAUUGCCGAUGAUCGUAUUGUGGGUGCAUAUGCCUUGACUGAGUUCUCCCAUGGUACCAAUGCUCUGGGGAUGCGUACACGAGCCACCUACGAUUUGCAGACCAAGGAGUUCAUAUUGCAUACGCCAGAUUUUGAGGCCGCCAAGUGUUGGGUGGGUAAUCUGGGUAAGACGUGUACUCAUGCCAUUGUGUAUGCUCAGUUGUAUGUGCCGGAUGAUAAGCAUCAGGGCUUGACUGCAUUUUUGGUGCCCAUACGUGACGAGAGAACACUGUUGCCUUUCCCUGGUGUCACUGUGGGUGACAUGGGCGAGAAGAUUGGACUGAAUGGCAUUGAUAAUGGCUUUGUCAUGUUCAAUCAGUAUCGCAUUCCAAAGGCGAAUCUUUUGUCCAAAACCGGUGACAUCGACAAGCAGGGUAAUUACAGUAGUCCCAUUAAGGAUGAACGGAAACGUUUGGGUGCUUCGCUUGGGGCUCUCUCUGUGGGCAGAGUAAAUAUCACAGCCAUUACCUAUGUGGCCCUUAACAAGGCCAUUAGCAUAGCCGUUCGAUAUGCUGUCAGCCGUCGUCAAUUUGGUCCUCCGGAUAGUAAAGUGGAGUGGCCCGUGAUUGAAUAUCAGUCGCAGCAAUAUCGUCUUUUGCCCCAUUUGGCCAAUACCAUUGCCCUACGUAUUGCCACGCUGUGGAUUGGUAAGGAGAAUGUUGAUAUGACCAUGAAAGGUUUCAUGGGUGAGGAUACCUCAAAGUUGGGCAUGGAGAUACAUGCCAUUUCCUCGGCUCUGAAACCGGUGGCCACAUGGGCAACCCGCGAUGGCAUACAGGAGUGCCGUGAAGCUUGCGGUGGUCAUGGUUACCUCAAAUCAGCCGGCUUGGGUGACCUUAGAAACGACAAUGAUGCCAAUUGCACCUAUGAGGGAGAGAACAACACUUUGAUUCAACAGGCAUCCAAUUGGCUGAUUGGUCUGCGUCGUGGCAAUGCCGAUUUUGCAGAACUUUCACCCCUGGACACUGUGAGCUUCCUGAAAGACAUUAACACCUUGGUGAAGGCUCAGGGAGUGGAAACCACGCCAGCUCAGGCUUUGAAUGUGGACAAUCUUCUCCAGGCUCUGAACUGGUUGACUGCCUGGCAAUUGGAUGCUACUGUCAAGCGUUUCGAGCAACUGCAACGGGAUGGCAAGGAUGCCUUCGAAACACGCAACAAUAUUCAAGUAUUUGCUGCUCAAAAACUUUCCAUUAUCUAUGCUGAGCGCACAAUUUACCAUGUAUUCUACAAAUUUGUGGCAAGUCUUCCCGCCUCGGCUGAGAAACAGGUGCUUACCAAGGUGCUCUCGUUCUAUGGUGGCAAUUUGGUUACCAAAUAUUCUGCUAUAUUCUAUCAAGGCGGCUAUUUCCGUAAUAGCUCGCACAUUGAGCUCUAUCAGCAGGGUAUACUAGAUCUUUUGCCCAUUCUCAAGGAUGAGGCAAUUGCUAUUGUGGAUGCCAUUGCACCAACUGAUUUCAUAUUGAACUCCCCUCUGGGCAUGAGUGACGGCAAUGUCUAUCAGCAUCUGCAGCGGACUAUUGUUUCAACUCCUGGUGUCUAUGAGCGUCCAGAAUGGUGGCGUGAUGUCACCUACAAGGAUUAUCUAAAGCGCGCCAAAUUGUAAAGCUGUGAAUAUUGAUCUUACUUAUCCUUUGUGCAAUAGCUAAUUAGCUUUAGUUUAAGUUUAAAAAAUGUUUUGUACUUUUUAUAUUAUAUGAAAGUCCCUUAAUUCCGAUUCCAAAGUGAAAUCAAAUUUCCAAAAAUAUUUGUUAUUAAUAUAUUGGUUGGUAUUUUAAGCUAGAAACAAUUUUAAAAGUUUAGCAACUUUUAAAUAGUUGUUGAAAAUGUUGAGACUCUCUUAAAGGACAUUCCCUAAAAAACAAUUAGCAAAUUUGUAUCUUUUCUAGAUAUGUUCUAUGUAUAUUUUUUGGAUGUUUUGCACAAAAACUUUGGUCAGGCCAAAGAAUAUAUAUAAAUAUCUUAGAUUACUUAACUAUGUUUUACCUUGGUGAUUGAUUUGUGCAUUAUUUUGCAAUAUUUACUAUAUAUAUAUACAUAUAUAAAGACGCAUAAAGCACGCUUUUUACAAUA